AUGGCAGAAGAUGAAAGAGCUCAGCUGCUCCCCAAGGUAAGACAACUUGACCGGGAAGCUGGGUGCGAUGAGCCACCAUCCUUGUCUUCCAACUAUACUGUGACAGUCCUGGAGCCAAUUCCAAAGAAGCAUAAUGGAUGUCCCUCUGAUUGGGGUUGCUUCCCUCCAGGUGAUAAGUGGCAAUCCACCUUGGCUCUCCGAGGAGACCUCAAUCUUCCUCUUAAUUUUUGGAGCAGCUGCAUCAAGUAUUUGAUCUUCCUCCUCAACUUCCUUUUCUCUCUUCUCGGUCUACUGACUUUCGUGGUGGGACUGUGGGGGCUGGCAGAUAAGGAGUCACUGGGGAGUGAGCAGCUGCCACACCUGGGUACCGACCCAAUGUUGCUGUUUGUGGUGGUGGGGCUGGCAGUCAGCGUUGUAUCCUUAGCAGGUUGCGUGGGGGCCCUCUGUGAGAACAUCUGCCUUCUUUGGGUCUUUGCUUGGGGGAUCUUCACUUUCUUGAUUCUAGAGACAUUGGCAGGAAUCCUGAUAUAUGCUUUAUGGGACCAACUCCAGGACAUACUGGACAGUAGCAUGCUAGUGGCCAUAACUCGCUACCAAGAUGACUCAGACCUGCGUUUUCUCUUGGAUGAAAUCCAGUUAGGCCUGCAGUGCUGUGGGGUAAUGUCCUACCAGGACUGGAAGUUGAAUUUGUACUUUAACUGCAGUUCCCCAGGAGUCCAGGCCUGUGGUGUUCCUGCCUCUUGUUGCAUCAACCCCUGGGAAAAUGGAACAAUUAUCAACUCUCAGUGCGGCUUUGGUGCCCUGCGCCUGGAUGAGGUUACAGCUCAGAGCAUGGUUCAUCUUGAGGGAUGCAGCCACAGACUCAGGCAGUGGCUGGACCAGAACAGCUGGGUUAUCAGGGACUACCUAUUAGUUACCACAGUAAUAGAAGGGUUGGAGUUCUUGUUAGUCACCAAGCUAGUGAGAGACAUUGAAGUCAGGAAAGCCAGCGACUGA